UUCUAGGGCUUUUGUCUGAAAAAGUCUCUGAUCCAGCACAUUGUACCAAACUUUUCUCAUUUAGCCCAAAUCAGACAAGGAGUCAUUCCCAGUUUGGCUUCUGUGAAAGGAGGAGAGAGAAAGUCAACGACCAUGGCGGGUCGUAGAGACAGAACCCAACAGGUCCGUGGAUCUCGAAUUGCGAUCGCCAUCCUCAUCGGUAUCAUCAUCGGCUGCGUUUGCGCCGUUCUCUUCCCUAACGGCUUCUUCAACUCGAACUCCUCUCUUACAGUUAAUGAACGCGUCCAGGUUGGAUCAUCUUCUUGUGAAUCGCCCGAACGUAUCAAGCAACUGAAGUCAGACUUUGCAUCACUCUCAGAGAAGAACGCUGAGCUGAAGAAACAGGUCAGGGAGCUAACAGAGAAGCUACGUUUAGCUCAACAAGGAUCAGACAAUGCAAGAACACAAGUUCUAUCUUUAGGAACACAGAUCAAAGCUGGUCCUUUCGGAACUGUCAAGAGUCUGAGAACUAAUCCAACCAUCCUCCCCGAUGAAUCCGUAAACCCGAGACUAGCAAAGAUUCUACAAGACAUUGCUGUUAACAAAGAGGUGAUCGUGGCUCUCGCAAACUCGAACGUAAAAGCAAUGCUAGAGGUUCAGAUCGCUAGCGUCAAGAGAUUGGGUAUAACUAACUAUCUUGUUGUUGCGUUGGAUGAUUACAUUGAGAAUUUCUGUAAAUCAAACGAUGUUGCUUAUUACAAGAGGGAUCCGGACAAGGACGUGGACACGGUCGGGAAAACAGGAGGUAACCAUGCCGUCUCUGGACUUAAGUUCCGUGUGUUGAGAGAGUUUUUGCAGCUUGGUUACGGUGUUCUCCUCUCGGAUGUGGACAUUGUCUUCUUGCAGAACCCGUUUAGUCAUUUAUACAGAGAUUCUGACGUUGAGUCGAUGAGUGAUGGACAUAGUAACAUGACGGCUUAUGGAUUCAACGAUGUGUUUGAUGAGCCAGCCAUGGGAUGGGCUAGGUAUGCUCACACCAUGAGGAUAUGGGUUUUUAAUUCAGGGUUUUUCUAUCUAAGGCCUACGGUUCCUUCCAUCGAGCUGCUUGAUCGUGUUGCGGAUAGGCUCUCCAAGGCUCAACUGUGGGACCAGGCGGUUUUCAAUGAGGAGUUGUUUUAUCCUUCGCAUCCUGAGUAUAUUGGGCUGCAUGCGUCAAAGAGAGUGAUGGAUAUGUAUGAGUUUAUGAACAGUAAGGUUCUUUUCAAGACUGUUAGGAAGGAUCAGGAAUUGAAGAAGAAGGUGAAGCCGGUGAUUGUUCAUGUGAAUUACCAUCCAGAUAAGCUUAAUAGAAUGCAAGCUGUGGUUGAGUUUUAUGUAAACGGUAAGCAAGACGCACUUGAUAGCUUCCCAGAUGGUUCUGAAUGAUUCACCUGAAAAAGUAAGGGUAGGCUCAAAAGUUUCUUGACAUUUUGUGAUUCUAAUUUUACUUUUCCUGUUUUCAUGUUUCAUGUCUUCUGUCCUUUUUUUUUGUAUUAUGAAUUUUGUGUAACUUAUGACUCAAAAUCUUAAGUCCUUUUUACAUAAUGAACCUUUUUUCUUCAACAUUGUUCUCUCUGUUUCAUCAAGCGACUUCAUAGUUCAUAAUAAAAAUAUUUGUAAUGUCUUACAAGAUCUAAAAGGAAUGAUACAUAAUAGAAACAUAAAUCUUACAACACAGUCUAUCUACAAAAUAAUGCAAUGUGAAACAAACUCUUACUGGUACUAUGAAUAACUGAUUCCAUUACAAGAAACCAAAACCAUGAACCGAAACAACACACCAAACCUCUUUUCUUCCGACAAGCCACAACUGCCCCUUUAGUUCUUCAUAUAUCAACUUAACGACCUUUAGCAUUUCCAAGUGUAAGCUCAAGAUCCUCCAUAGCCACAUCAUGGAUCUUCUCCCCUUCCCACGGCGUAACUUGCCUGUUCUCAAAUUUAAACUCCGAGCUCUGUCCAAUCUCUUGUAUCGCUCCAGUGUUUGGAGACAACCCCUGAGGCACAGGCGGUUUCACUAGAUUGAAAGUAGGAGAAGCCGGCACUAUUGCAGAGACGCCACGAAACGGCUGCUGCGAGAACUUCUGAAAGCUUAUCCAAUGACCAGAAUCAACAGUUGAAGCAUCAGACUCAUCACACUCAGGUAUAGUAGCCGGAGCAUUA